AUGUCUGCUCCAGCUGCAAAGUUCAAGGUCGCGGAUCUCUCACUUGCUGCCUUCGGCCGCAAGGAGAUUGAACUCGCCGAGAAUGAAAUGCCUGGUUUGAUGGCUACUCGUGCUAAGUAUGCUGCCGAUCAACCCCUCAAGGGCGCUCGCAUUGCUGGGUGUCUCCACAUGACCAUUCAGACUGCUGUUCUCAUCGAGACCCUCACACACCUUGGAGCUGAGGUUACCUGGACAUCUUGCAACAUCUUCAGCACCCAGGACCACGCUGCUGCUGCCAUUGCUGCUGCUGGUGUCCCCGUUUUCGCAUGGAAGGGUGAGACUGAGGAGGAAUACGAGUGGUGCUUAGAGCAACAACUUGUUGCAUUCAAGGAUGGCAAGAGCCUGAACUUGAUUCUCGAUGAUGGUGGAGAUCUCACUGCUCUCGUUCACAAGAAGUACCCAGAGAUGCUGAAGGGCUGCUACGGUGUCUCAGAGGAGACCACCACUGGUGUUCACCACUUGUACAAGAUGUUGAAGAACAAGACCCUCCUUGUGCCAGCUGUCAAUGUUAACGACUCUGUCACCAAGUCCAAAUUCGACAACCUGUACGGUUGCCGUGAGUCCUUGAUCGAUGGUAUCAAGCGUGCCACUGAUGUCAUGAUCGCUGGUAAGAUCGCGGUUGUUGCCGGUUACGGUGAUGUUGGUAAGGGCUGUGCCAUGGCUCUUCACGGAAUGGGAGCUCGUGUCAUUGUUACCGAAGUCGACCCUAUCAACGCUCUCCAGGCUGCUGUCUCCGGAUACCAGGUUACAACUAUGGAGAAGGCUGCUAGUAUUGGCCAAAUCUUUGUCACUACCACCGGAUGCAGAGAUAUCUUGCGUGCAGAACACUUUGAGCAAAUGCCCAAUGACGCAAUCGUCUGCAACAUUGGUCACUUUGAUAUCGAGAUCGACGUCGCCUGGUUGAAGAAGAACGCUGCCAGCGUUCAAAACAUCAAGCCCCAGGUUGACCGUUACCUCAUGAAGAACGGUCGCCACAUCAUUCUCCUCGCUGAGGGUCGUCUCGUUAACUUGGGCUGCGCUACUGGCCACUCAUCCUUCGUCAUGUCCUGCUCUUUCACAAACCAAGUUCUUGCUCAAAUCAUGCUGUUUAAGUGCGAGGAUGCGGCUUUUGGAAAGAAGUACGUCGAAUUUGGCAAGACUCAGAAGCUCCCAGUUGGCGUCUACGUUCUGCCCAAGAUCCUGGAUGAGACUGUUGCUAAGCUCCACUUGGCUCACGUCAACGCUGAGUUGACCAAGCUCACUCCAACCCAAGCUGAGUAUCUUGGUCUUGAGGUUGAGGGUCCAUUCAAGAGCGAGUUGUACCGUUACUAG